CAUUUGAGAAUAACGAAAUCUUUCGUACGGAAGUAAAGUUUCAUCAUGACUGGUCGUGGAAAGGGAGGAAAAGGAUUGGGAAAAGGAGGAGCAAAGAGACAUAGAAAAGUACUUCGUGAUAAUAUUCAAGGUAUCACGAAACCUGCCAUUCGACGUUUAGCUAGACGAGGUGGUGUAAAACGAAUUUCUGGUUUGAUUUACGAAGAAACUCGAGGAGUACUUAAGGUAUUUCUUGAAAAUGUUAUCCGUGAUGCUGUUACAUACACUGAACAUGCAAAAAGGAAAACUGUAACUGCUAUGGAUGUAGUUUAUGCUCUGAAGCGUCAGGGAAGAACACUUUAUGGAUUUGGUGGUUAAAUUCUUCCAAUACAGUUCCAAGCAAAACGGCUCUUUUAAGAGCCACACAAUAUAAACGAAAGAAUAUCUUUUAAAACUUAUUAUUUAAUAUUAUUAAAUUUAAAUUUUCAUAUAUUUCAUAUAUAUUUACUUCAAAAUAAUUCAAUAAUCAAUGAAGUAUUAAAUUGUUAAGUUGU